AUGAGUGAAAGUGAAUAUAUUUUUACUACCACUAAAACUACAACAGCUAUUGCAACCACCACUUUACCACCAACUUUAGAUAGUAUAACAUCAACAUUAAGUGAUACUUUUGUUCAUUAUUUAAACUAUUUAGGUAAAUUACCCGGAGGUGACUAUUUAUUAUGGUACAUCAAAGCUUCUUAUAAAGAUGAUCCAAUUAGAUCAUUAUUUGAAUUGAUGUUAUUCAUUUUUGGUGUACGUUAUUUCUUGAUGAGUAAACGUAAAGAGAAUAAGAGUGAAUUAGUUAAAUUCAGUCAAAGAGAAAUCGAUGAAUUGAUUGAUGAUUGGAAUCCAACUGAAUUAGUUGAACCUGUUAAUGAUACUGAAGACUGGCAACUUAAAUCCAUACCACAAAUUGAAGGUCCUAAUGGACCAAAGGUUAAAUUAAUGAACUUAACUAAAGGAGAAAAUGUAUUAAACUUUGCUAUUAAUGAUUUUUUGAAUUUAAGUAGAAAUGAAACCAUUAGACAUAAAGCUAAAGAUAUUAUUUCAACCACAGGUGUUGGAGCAUGUUCAGCACCAAAUUUUUAUGGAACUCAAGAAGUUCAUGUUAGAUUAGAAGAAGAUAUUUCUUCAUUUAUGCAUACUGAUAAUUCAAUUAUUUAUGGACAAGAUUUUAUAACAUCAACAUCGGUAUUACCAGCAUUUGUUAAAAGAGGUGAUUUAUGUGUUGUUGAUAGUGGAGUUAAUUUAGCUAUUCAAAAAGCUUUAGUUGUAAGUCGUUGUGAUAUAUCUUGGUAUAAUCAUAAUGAUAUGAAUCAUUUGGAAUCAGUUUUAAAAGAAUUAAAACCUGGUUUAGAUAAACAAAAACAAAUACAAAGAAGAUUUAUUGUUACUGAAGGGAUUUUUGAUAAUACUGGAGAAUUAGUUAAUUUACCUGAAUUGGUUAAAUUGAAAAAUCAAUAUAAAUAUAGAGUUUUCUUGGAUGAAACUAAUUCAAUUGGAGUUUUAGGUGAUUUUGGUAGAGGUGUUACUGAACAUUUUGGUAUUGAUAAUAAAGAAAUUGAAAUCAUUGUUGGUUCUAUGGCUAAAUCUUUUGGAUCUUCUGGUGGAUUCUGUACUGGUACUAAACAAAUGAUUCAUCAUCAAAGAUUAUCUUCAUUAGCUUAUGUUUUCAGUGCUUCUUUACCUCCAUAUAGUGCCAAAGUAACAUCCACUGCCAUUGAAGAAAUUUUACAUCAGAAAAAUGGUAAAUCAAUCAUUGUUUCCCAAUUACAACAUUUGAUUUCUUAUACUUUCAAAAAUUUAUUAACUCAUUUGAAAUCUUCUCCAUUUAUUGAAAUAGUCAAUGAUUCUUCAAGUCCUACCAUUCAUUUAGCUUUAAAAAAUGAAUAUCGUGAAUCAAUUGGAUUACCUCAAUAUUAUGGUAAUGUUGAAUUUGUUAGAACUGGUAAAAGAGCUAAAUUCAAUAAUGAAUUAGAUGAACAUUAUUUAUUAGAAAAUUUCAUCUUACAAAAAAUCAUUGAUGAAGUUUUGAAAUCUAAAAACAUUUUACUUACAAGAUCCAAAGCUUUAUUAGAACAUGAAAAUUUACCCAUUAGAAGACCAAGAUUAUUGGUAUUAGUUAAUAUUGGAUUAACUGAGAAUGAUGUAGAUUCUUUAAUUACUGGAUUUAAUGAUAUUAUCAAUGAUAUUUGUACAAGUAUAAAAACUCCUAAUGAUUUAACCACUUUAAGAAAUGAGAUGAUCAAUUAUUAG